AACAUUGUAUAUGAUUUGUAUGAUCAAGUUUUUGUUUCAUUUCAAAUUGCUCUAUUUAAAUUUGAAUGUUGCAAAAAAAGUAUUUUUUUACAAACAAUGUUUAUUCUUGAUUAUGUCAGAUAUGCAUAUGAUGGUUGCCAAUCCAGAGAAGUGGGUAGAUGACAUGGCAGAUGCUGGGACCAAUCAAUACACUUUUCAUUUGGAAGCAACAGAAAAACCAGUUGACUUGAUAAAUCAAAUAAAGAAGGCUGGAAUGAAGGUUGGUAUUGGAAUCAAGCCUAACACACCAGUUGAAGCUGUCUUGCCAUUUGUGGAGCUGGUGGAUAUGGUUCUUGUGAUGACAGUGGAGCCUGGAUUUGGUGGACAAAAGUUCAUGGCAGACAUGAUGCCAAAGGUCAAACACUUAAGAACCAAUUACAGGGUUUUGGACAUUGAAGUUGAUGGAGGAUUAGGAAUUCCUACAAUUGAAGCUGCAGCUCAGGCUGGGGCAAACAUGAUUGUAUCUGGCAGUGCCAUAAUCAAAAGUGAUAAACCAAAGGAAGUGAUUGACACCCUGAGAGCAACCACUGAAAAAUGGAUAAAGAUUAACAGUGAAGGAAGUCAAUGAGUGAUUCAGUUUAUCAGCAACAUUUCUAGGGAAUUUUUUGGCAUUGGAUUUUGUCAAUGAUGACCAAGGGUCAUGUAUUUAAUUGGAAUAUUUUGUAAAGUUUUUAUCAAGCUGCAAGAGCAUUCCACACAAAAAUAGUUAAAUUGCCAUGCAUUACUGUAACUUUUUUUUCAUAUCCAGGUUAGGAAAUAUUUUGUUUUUCAUUUGCAUGUAGCUGUGUCAGGGGUAUAUACACUUAUCCUUUAUUCACCAACAUGCUCAAAAAUUGCACUCCAAUGUCUAGUGUCACAUAUUUGUCUGUUUUAGACAAUCCACUCAUUUCACUCAAUACAAAAGUUUUAAAAUGGAGAACCUAAGUUUGAAUUUAAAAUUGUAAACCUUCUUAAUUAAAGAAAAAAAAUAUCUGAUAAUGCUCAAACUGACGAUUAGAGGAGGGCAUGAAAAGGGUUUAUUUAUAAUAUGUGACUUCAGCAAGACUGCUUAAUUCCUAAGAAGUGUCUUCUAUUCCUUUUUCAAACUACAUGGGAGAAGUAAAUAUUGAAUCAAAACAAACAUAUGAUCUUUUUUCAGCACACCCUAUUAUUGCACACUGGAGAAAACUCAGACCAAAAUUUGCACACAUACAUUUAUUUAAUCAUUAUCACCCCUGUCAGCAAUUUUCACAAUUAUGUUCUCUUACAAAUAGUGCAAAAAACAUCAAUGGGAAUCUAGAACACAACAAUACUAAUUAAAAUGCUACAAUACAUAGACGAAGAAAGUUCAGUUGUCUGACUUGUUCACCACUUGUUGUAAAACCUCAGUUUAGUAAUGGAUCAAACUCUGUCUCCUUUAUAAAUUUAAGUGUAAAGACAAACAAAUGCACAGAUACAACUGUUUACAGUCAUCUCCAUUUGUUCAGCAUAUCUGAGAUAUUUUAAUGAAGACAUUUAAAUACAGGUACCCAUUUAUAAAUUAAGUACAUGUUUGACAAAGCUGUUUGAGAAGAUGAAAACUACCUAACUACUUUGAACUAUACGGUUAUAAAUUACGAGACGCAUCUUUUAAAAAUAUUAUUUCCUUUUGACUGAAGGCCACAGAUUUAUGGUUUAGGCAGAGACUACUACUUAGUUAAUACUUGAGUCUAAAACCCUAAGCUACUGCAGAACUACUUGUUCUAGCAGUAGGUAAACAAAGAAAAAGCAUUUGCAAGACUUGAUUACCAUGUACUUUGAUGCCAUAGGAAAUAGGGUGGAUGGAAAGCAAGAGCUUUUAACUACAGUUAUCCCAGAAUUUCUUUUCAACAGACUGUUCUGUCUCUAAUUCAUUCUCCCACUUGAUGUUUUAUUUUAAAAUUUUUCCCCUCUAAUGUACUACAGUUCUCUUUCAGUGCUCUGGUAUUAUGAGUGUUGUCAAUGACAUAUCUUCCACACUGGUUAAUUCCUCAGUCAUCAUCUUCCUUCUUCUCAUCACGCAGCAUGUACCUGUAAUUACAUCAUAGAAGUAAAAUUUUAUUAAUGCAUGUAAAAGAUUAUCAGUUGGGUAAAAUAUGGGCAAGUAAACUUGGGUCAAACUCUUUACUAUUAAUAAUUCUUACGCAAAUAAUGUGCCUGAUAUAUAUUUUAGAUAAAUCUAUCUUUA